GACACAGCAUCAGAUAAGUAUCAUUACAAAUAGAUAGAAGGGAUCCGUAAUAAAACGCAGCUGGAUGACUGAUAUCAUAUAAGAGUAUAAAUAUAUCUUCAAAUGUCAUACUAGUAGAUUUGAAGAGAUCGUGCGUUGAAAAAAAAAUUACAAAGCUUAUGAGGCAAGUGCUUCCUAAUAGUUCUCAAGAAAUUGAUCUUCUUGUUCUUUUUCAUGAACUUACAUGUGAGAUGUAACUUUAUUUUUCGAUUGUUGUUUAUAAUCAUGUAUGUCUUGUAAACUGAUAUUAUUUUGAUGAGAAAGGUCAACCCCAUGAUCGCGCCGAUGAUCACUUUUUAAUUAAAAUAAAUUUGAUUUUUAUUAAUUUCCAUCAUUCUUUUGCCCAUCUGCUCCUAUUUCUUCUUGUUGGGCAGUUCAAGCACCCUUUCUGUAAGAAACGAUGAUGCCUCGUCCGGUUUUUGGAUAAAAAAGAAAAAAUACCAUCCAGAUGUCAACAACCUCAGCCACCCUAAAAAAAUGUUUUUUUCCCACACUUGUUUUCUGGGCCUACAGGCAUACACUAAAGAACAAUUUUAAUUACUGAGUACCACUGCAAAAACAACAGUAACAAUAGCAACAGGGAAGACAUCGAUAUUCAGUGAAAUUGAAUUUUUACAAUUUAAAUCCCUAAAAAGGUUUAUGAUGCCACUUUAAGACUAUCGAUUGGCAGACUAACAGCGAAGAGCAUGCGCAUAAUGGAAGAAGAUGGGCACGAGAGAACAAAUUUUCUAGUGAGAGAGCGAAAAUACGGACGAGAGCUGCCUCUGCUCGGUUUCCAAAGCGUGAGUUUUCGUUCGAACAUACAGCUUCUUCUCGGUCCAUACAACAGUUAAAAAAAAAACCGCCAAUAUCCAGCCGUUUUGACCUUGCGUUUGAUAAAUAGCGCAAAUUUCUAGGAAAAUCCUUUAUAAAUAAACGUAACCUGACUGGUGUUGUGCAUGUAUGAGAGAGAUCAAGUGACCUUCUACAUUCCACGCAUCUUCCAUUUCAAGGUAAUCCCAAGUCGCACUCAAAGAUACUGAUUCCUUGAUAUCACGUAACGGAACUUGUUUGUCGUCUACUUACCAAAGUUUGUGUAGCUUCGAAGUAAAGGUAGGGAUUAGUCCUUCCUUCCUUUCAACUAAUCUGAGGAAAAUAACUAGAGAACUUUUAACUUACCGAGAUGCAGUCACGUAACGGAGAUGACGUCAAAUAUUUCUUCAUAGUGAGCCAAUACAGCCGCGGUAGAAUGGUUAUUAAUAUUCGUAAAGGCGUCAAAGGUGGAGUUCUUGAGAUCGUGAAACCAGAACGUGGACGGGAAAGUCAGCUGUGGAGAUGGGAUGAGAAUUGUCGGCUGGUCAGCAAACUGGGCCUUGUGGCAGAUAUGAAAGGUCGGCUGGUCAGCAAACUGGGGCUUGUGGCAGAUAUCAAAGAUCAGGUGGUCAGCAAACUGGGCAUUGAGGCAGAAGAAGUCUGUCAUGCCUGGAAAGCUCACAACGGCCUCAGCCAAAAGUGGCGAGUCGAAAAAGCAGCCAUUGUGAGUAAUUCGAGUCAUCUCGUUAUCGAUGGUUCGCCUCCCACUGCUCAGGUAUUCAUGAGAAAAUUCAAGGAAGACAGUGAACACCAAAAAUGGCAUUUUGUUCCAGAAGAGGCAUGGGACGACUUCCAAUUAUCACUGACAGAUCCAAAUCCUCUUAAAAAGGCACUCUUCUGGAAAAAUGUGGCUGACAAAUAUCUUGACGUCAUCAUAGGAUACAGUUUUGAAGAGUACCAGACCAAAGUAUGUAAAGUAUUUGAAGACAUAGAUGAAUGUAUCAGCCGCCUCGAGGAGGUAGUGAAGGGUACUGGUAUUGCACAGAUAGUCGGUGGAAGUGUGGCUGUCGCUGGAGGUGGGGCUGCGAUAGCUGGUUUGUUGUUAGCUCCGUUUACAGCUGGCGUUAGUUUGGCUCUCACUGUAGGAGGAACUAUCGGUUCACUCACAGGGAAAGCUACAUCAUUAACAGCAAAAAUGGUAGACCACUAUCUGGGUAGUGAGAAGAGAAAGAACGUCCAUGAAGGCAUAGCGUCUCUCCACUCUACCACCUGUAGCUUCCACUCGCUGCUGAGUGAGUAUGGUAAAUGCUUUCAACAAGUGGAUGAAUGUUUAAGCAAACAGGAGCAUGAACAACUAUUGUUUCAUGCAAAAUCUAUGGCAGCAGAGAAGUGUACAUUACUUGACAAGGGCUACGACACCGUCGAAUUUGUUAAAAGUAUUUACACCAACCCCAAGGAAAUAAAAAGGCUGGCCACGUUUAUGGAGAUCGAUUCUUUUGUGUCCGAUGGAGGAGAUGUCGGAAUUUCCACAAUUGCUGCAGCACCUGAUGUUACCAUCCCAAUCGUGGGAGACACUCUCCAGGCCGCUGGAACAACUGGUGCAGAGGUUCUUUCCGGAUCGUUCCUUGGUUUUGGUGUAUUGACUAGCAUGAAAGAUAUUUAUAAUGGUGGAAAGCAAAUCGCGAAUUACGGUGAAUUUCGAGAAUUUUCUAAAAUUUUGAGAGAAAAGGCUCAUAGACUAAUACGCCUAUACAAGGAACUAAAGAUAGAGAGCAUGGAGUAAUGUUACUAAAAAUAAGCUUUGAAUGAUGUUGAAUUUUUUUCAACAGUGUGACUAGAACUCAGUGGUGCCUUGCAGAAUUUGAAAUGCAACACUAGCCAUGUUGUCAGAUAACGUUCAUGUAUCACCAUAUUAUGACGUAGCUGUUACACUGUAGUGUUACAUCCUUGUUUUGCAAGUUCCGUCGUGCUUUUGCGAGCUCUGUAUGAGCGCAGAAAACGACGAGUGUUGAGAAAGACGCACUAUAUAUUUAACGAUUGCGCAGCUAUAAAAGUAAUUUUUAAACGUGUGUAAGUCAACAAAAUUUAUCUGGUACUUAUUCUUAUAGAUAUAGCUACAUAUAUCAUUGUUAUGCCCUAGAUAAUAUAAUUUACGUUUACAUGCGCACAUGCGGCAUAUGAGGGGCGCUAAAACAAAUGAAACUGUCUACGUUGAUCAACAUUGGACACAAGACAGAUUAGAAAACUAUUACUACAAAAUAAAUUGGAAGAAUAGGAUGCAAAACGCAGUAUUACCUGAAAUCAUAUAAUAAUGAUAGGAUUACACAGAUCUCAGAGUACAAAUUAGGUUAUUAAUCUUUCAAAGUAGAGGUGCUUCCUAACAGCUUUCAAGUAAUUAAUUUUUUUUUGGCCUUUUCUUAGACAUAGAUAUGGGAUAACUUUAUCUCAUUAGUAGUUGUUUUACAACAUUGUAAUGUAAAGCGGUUUAAUUUUUGAUGAAAAAAAAAAGU